AUGCGGGCGCGUUCGUCGCUUCUGGUGAUGUUCACGUCGGUUUUUGAUCGUGAACCAUCGGAUUACUUCAUCACCAGAUCAGGAUCAUCCGAUACGGUCUGUUCGCCCCGCACCGUGUCACAGGCUUCCGGAGGCUUCGACAAACUUCUCCGCUCGCCCGGCCGCCUCUCCAGACGUCGCCGCUGCUCUCUCCCUCGGCCCCCUACCGCCCCCCCCCCCCCCCCGCCAAGACUACCGCCACCUCCAAGCGCGCCUACCCCGGCUCCUCCGCCCACGGUGCCGGCUCGGCGUUUGCGGGCGCCGCCACCAGGACCGGCGAGUACAAGGCGUCCCCCCGCAGCGCCGCCGCGCAAAGGUAAUUGCUGGCAGGUACCUCCGUCGGCGCGCCGGAUCCAUAUCCCAUCGGCCUCCGCUGCAGCCCUCCUUCCCCAGCUCGCACACGUCUCCCUCACUGCGGGCGAGCACAUGCGAGGUAAUGCCCCCGACAACAAGCUGCUCGAGGAGCUGAGGAAGGUGCACAACUUCUUCCUCCGCUCUCCCUUCCGUGGCGCCCUCAAGGUCAACAACGAGCUGCUCGAGAUGUACGCCAAGUGCGCCGCUAUGCCCCAUGCCCGCAGGACGUUCGACAAUAGGCCUGAACGGAACAUGGACUCAUGGCAUAUCAUGAUCGACGGCUACUCCGUGAACGGGCUUGGAGACGAGGCGUUGCGGCUGUUCAAGCUGAUGAAGGAGUGCAUGGCGCCGACCAGCCACACUUUCGUGCUCGUGCUCAAUGCUUGUGCCUCCCCAAGGUUUGAUGACACAAAUCCAGAAGCUGAAAGAAAAGAAUACAUAGACCACAUUCAGGAAAUUGUCCAUUGGAUGAGAUGGGAGCCGUACAAAGUAACAUACACGCGUGACUAUUUCCAAGCUUUGUAUGAGCAUGCUGUUCAGUUAAUACGGAAAGGGCUAGCCUAUGUAGAUCACCAGACCGCAGAAGACAUCAAGGAGUACAGGGAAAACAAGAUGAAUAGUCCACGGAGGCAUAGGCCAAUUGAAGAGUCAUUGGCAGCACUCCGUUGACAAGGAGUAUCAUCAUCUGCAAUAAAUUCUUUUAUUCGUGGAAUUGAGAUAAUAGCUUAAUUCGCGUUGACCGUCUACAAUAUCAAUCAGAUAAGAGCUUAACAAAACAGCUCCUCGAACCAUGGUUGUUUUGCGUCCUCUAAAGAUUUGGUGUUUAGUUUCUGUUUUAAAUCACUUUCAUCUUUUUGCAGCGCAUUAUCAUUCAUUGCACUACUUUUGCUAACUAACUCAUUGCACUAUUUAGACCAAUCAUAUUCCUACCUUAGCGACGGGCCAUACGGUGCGCCAAUGGCGC